CUAUCAAUCGGCUCGGUUCGUUUUUGUCGAAUGUUCCAUUCAGCCGCGCUCAAUAAUUUGUCAUCAUCAUCUUGAAUCAAACUCAAGUUUUUACAACGUGUCAAAAGUGUUUGAGCAAAACGGAAGUUGUCGUAAAAGAACAUUUUUUUUUGAACAUUUAUUACGCAUAAAGUUUAUGAAUUAUUAAUUCGUUUAUCAGUUGGUUUUAUUUUCCGGACGGUAUUGGUUAGAAAGUAUUUUCCUUUGAAGAAUUGGUGCAUUUUUUUUUAGCUUACGGUGUGCAUUGGGUGCACCAAAAUACGAAUAUGUGAGGUAAAUCCAAGGUCAGUGUUAAGGAAAAAAAGCGGAAAAUUUCAUAUGAAAUUCAUGCAAAAUUGUAAUCAUUCAUAAAACCAAAAUAAUAAAGAGUCUUUGAACUUGUUUCUGAAGAAGAAGAAAGAAAAGUGUGGGUGAAAGCAAACACAGGAGAAAACCAAACACCAGUACUUAUUUUGUUGAAAAAGACAAUUUCAUCCAUUGUCGUCCAUUUGGAUUACAAGCUCAACAGAACGCAUUGUCUUGAAAGUAGCCGACAUCUGUUUUACCAUACACAACAACGGUGCACAGAAUCAUAAUAACAAUAACAACGUCAACCACCACCGUCGUCGCUCAAUUUUACUUUGGGAGUUCUGCAGAAGGAGAGACAUAGAGUAAAAAAAAAUACCGUAAACACCAUUCGUUAUCCAUCAGGUUUCUUUGCAUGUAAAAACUUUGAGACAAUAACACUUAUAACCACUUGCUAUCGUACGCUAACAACACAAACUGAGUGCAGCAAACAACAACAGCAACAAUACGGCGAAUGUUCAGGCAGCCGCACGGAAAAUGAUAAACGGAUGAAUGAAUCAAAUAGACUCAAAGGAAACGCAAAAGAAGGAAAAAAAAAAACAAAAAUACAGAAACGACAAAAGACAAAGAAAUCCGGUCGUGAUUAGUGAAGUCGACCUUACAUCAUUUUGUUCUUCUUGUGUCGAUUUGUGAGUGUGCAAAAGUGUGUGUGUAUAUGCUUCUUUUUUUCGUUUCAUUUUGCAAAAUCUAUUUUGUUUGGAAAUAAAUGCAUUUUCAUCUGUCGUCUUUGUCGUGCGCUCCUACUUAUUGUGUCUUCGAACGGUUUUUUUGCUGCUCCAACCAGCCCGACAGCAUUAGUGGCAAAGAAAAUGUUUUUUAAUGCACACCAUACUCUCUUGUGAAAACUGAAAGCGAGAAAAAAAACACAUCAUUGUUUUUAAUUGAAGAAAAGAGAACAGCAAAUGAGACAAAGUGAGUAAAAGACAAAAGCAAAAUCAAACAAACGCAAUUCAAAAUCAAGCCCGUAAACAAAACACUUGAAAAUUGAGAUAGAGAAAUAUAGUAAAAGCAAAAACCUUUUUCAACCCAACCACACACAUAAAGAUAAAUAAACAAUUCUCAAACGCGGAAAAUUGCUAAAGCUUUAGUGUCAAACAAACGCAGCAAGCAAGUGGGAAAGACAGUGAAAGAGAGUGAUUCGGUGACCGGGCUAUUACAGUCUAACAAAAACAAAAAGGUCGAAUCUCUCGAACGAAACAAGAAGAAACACAAGAGUGACAGUAACAAAAAAAAAAGACAAAAAAUGGCGUUGCAACGAUUUAAAGAAGUAUUUUUAAUUGCAUUGAUAGUGGGUUGUAUAAACAUUGCAGGUGUUAAUGGCGCCGAAUUAAAUUCAACUAAUUUUGCAUCAUCGACCACCACAAAAAUUCCAACAACAAAGGAUCGAUCCGCGCAAAUGGAUACAAGGGGUUCAGUACCAGUAGCAUUGGCCACAGAAGAGGAGGCAUCGUUAGCGCCAAAACUUUCGUUAAGCGAAACAACUGAAACGAAGGGUAAUCUAACCGAGGCAAGAAUCACAAGCAUCACAUUUCGCAGUGAAGAAGCUGAUGUUGAUAAUAAUAAAGAAAACGAUGAAACUAUAAGUUUUGGCAUUCGUUCAUUUACUGUUGAAAUAGCAACACCAGCCACGGAAAAACCCAUACCGUUGAAUGAAAAAGUCAGUGCUGCGAGUAAAAUGAAUGUUCAACAAGCGGCAGCAUCGUCGUUACCAAUUUUAACAUUGGAAAGUGAUCAGGAUCGAAACGAUAAAGUUUCAAAUGAACGGGUAAAAGUUUUUGAGGCUUUGCCACCAGCAAUAGACGCAUUGGCGCCAACAUCAACGACAAAAAACAAACACGAAAAUGUUGCGUCAACAAUUGCAACGCCAAACGAUGCGAAAACGGUAAAAAAACCAACAAACAUUCGUAAAAGUGUCGAUACCAGCGAUUUUAAACCGGCAAGCACAAUGGCACCGCUUCAAUUGGCAACAAAGAACGGUGAGCAAUCAUCCAUAGAUAAUCAAAAUGAACACGAGCAAUUGUCAAUUAGCUCGAAUGGCAUGCAUGUCGAACAAAAAUUGGAGAACGGUCUAUAUCGGAUUAAAAUUGCUGAAAUCAUCACUGAUGAAUUCAGCAAUGGUCACACACAUGACGGCAACGAUGCAAAACAAAACCUUGAAGAUGAAACCGUUUCGAAUGCAAAGCAAAACAAUAAUAAGCAUGACAAUGACAUGCAUCGACCAGCAUCACAACGUGCAAGUGGGCAAGUCAAUAUAGCCGAUUUGUAUCCAUCAAAAUUGGAAGAUUUUAGCUCAAUUAUACGUGAAUCAAAUGAGAAAAUGAUUGAAGAAAAAAAUCGAUAUGUUGGUUUGGAAAAAAGUAACAGCGACUAUAAUAAUCGGCCAAUCAUUUCAGACGCUCGAUUCAACAUAAUCGACGAUGCAAACGAACGGAAAAAUUCAAUUCUGUUCGGAAAUGAAGGUGAUGCAACAGCAAUGGUCGGCGGUGACAAUCAAAUACAACAUGCCAAAAUCAAUGGAGCAUUUAAUUCAAUUGAAAAUAACAUUCCAACAACAAAAAUCGAAAUUGAACUAAUUGAUGAGCCAAACGGUGGAGCAUCAAAAGAUGGCGAUGUUACAUCCAUCGUUGACGAUGACGAUUACGUGAGCCCAGUUAAGCGUACAAAUAACGGACCAAAUAAUGGUGAUCGUGUCACCGAUUUUACAUCCGAAUUACAAUUGAAAGACGAUAUGGUCAGUAAAAUUGAACGAAGCUUUCGCGAUAUAAGUAUGACAAACAUGGAAGAGCAACAAAAUCAACAGCAGCAGAUACAAUUGCAGCAAUUUCGACAACAGCAAGAACAAAAUUUACAGGAACAAAUGAAUAGAGUUAACCAAUUGACGAUUUUAGGUGGCAUGGGAUUCAUUGAGCGACGAGUGAAAAAAUUCGAUCCAACAUUCCGAAAGCGUUUUACGGAUACGAAUCGAGAAAGUUUACCAUCAUCGGCUAACAUAAAAUCCAUUGAUGAAAACAUCAUUUCGCAAUCGGAUGAAGAACGGAAAUUGGAUGCGAACAUUUCAAAUGCCAAGUUUAACUCACACUAUGCCAAUGAUGGAAUUCAACGGAACGAAACAACGGUAAAACAAAAUAAAACAGUUGCAAACAAGCAAACGAACAACAACACCAAAUCAAACUCAUCUAAAAGUCAAAUGGAUGAUAAAAAUAAUAAAGUUGACGACCUCAUUGAGUCAAGCCAUGUCAGUUUGAAUACGAAUGGCAUUGGUGCGGAUACCGCUUCUUCGAUUCACACGGCGCAAAAAGAGGUAGUUUUAUCAACGCUAAAGCCAAUCAAUUCAACCGAACGGAAAAUACUUUUCAUUAAUGUAAACAGUGGCAGCAAUAAUACGAUCGAUAAAAAUGAAUUGGAGCGCUUACAAAAAGACCGACAGCAAAUUAUCAAAGAGAGUCAACUAAAUGCAAACGCAACGAAUAAAAUGAAUGGCAGUAAUGCCACAAUGUCGACAACAAACAUGCACUUGUACAUAAUUCACAAUGAUGCUAUCGGUCAAAAACCAUUCGAAUCCAUUAAAACUAAUUACAGUAAUGCCAACAAAGAGUCACCGACGAUAUCAUCAACAUUAAGCCAAACUGCAUCAUUAACCACUGCAGCAGAAGCGACGGCAUCAGCAUCAGUCGCACCACCGAAUAGUUUGCUAGAAGCACAUCCAUCAGAAUCUGUGGUCAAACUAAAUCAGCCCACAUCAAAAGAACCAUCUGCUGCUCCGGCUUUGAUUGAUGCAAUUAGUUCAACUGAAAGCGAUAAACAUUCGUCAUCACUGAAUACGAUAAAGUCUAUUACACAAAGCCGUAGCUCAACAACAACUACUACAACUACGACUACGACUACACCAACUACAACUGUUCAAACGCAAUCGCAUUCGAUCAACCAUUUGGCAAAACAGAAACCAUACAGUCGACGUGGCUUUGAUAGCUUCUACUUUGAAACCGAAUGUGACAUGCAAACACCUUUACCAACUGAUUCAAAUAUUUGGCGUGGCAACGAAACACAUGAACUCAACUUGCCCACAACGACGCCUGAAAACUGCGCUGGCGGCGGUGAUUGUAUGCCAAUGAUUAUUUCAUGGGAAGGAGCAGCUGAAAUUCAAUCCGGAGACGUACUUAUCGUUGAAAUUGACGAUACGCUAUUAUUGCCAGCCGAUAUGAAUCCAAGCACAGCCAACAACAUUGAUAAUGGACAUCGAGUUGCAACAGCUGUAUAUCAAGUGACUCGCCCUGGCCACGAGCAUUGCGAUGCAACCGAGGGAAUUUUACUGGAUAUUACACCGUUAAUCGUCGAUGGCAAAAAACUAGUCACACUCUAUGACAAAGAUCUAACUGAAGGUGUUAAUUUGUUGAUCGUCGUGUCAGAACUAUGGGGUCCACAGUGUGUACGAUUAAAGGUUACGGUGAAAUCGGAUAAUUGUGGCGAGAAUGCACAAUGCAAUGGAAAAGGCAUAUGCUUUUCGAAUGCAUCAAUGGAGGGAUAUGAAUGUCAAUGCUGUAGCGGAUUUGCUGGAUCACAUUGCGAGGAAAUCGAUGCUUGUUUUCCGAGUCCUUGCACAAACAAUGGCAUUUGCGUUGAUUUAUCUCAAGGACACGAUGGAAAUUCGUAUCAAUGUCUGUGUCCGUACGCCAUAUUUGAUGCCAUCAAAUUGAUGGAAACAAUGGAGAGAAAAGGAAAGAGUGGGUAA